GGCGCCGGCAGUGUGCGCCCAGCCCGCCGCGACACCUCACGCGACUCGAGCGCGACACGAGCGCAACACAACCGACGACCGACGUACCAGUGUCACGUGGUGCACGGUGAUCCUCUCGCCUCGCCACCAGUGCUCACCAGUGCUCACCAGUGCUCACCAGUAUCCAGCAGUGCUCCACUAACUAACACAAUGAGUGACACAAAUGUGACUGAAACAGCGCCUACUUGAGUUUAGUGCCUGUGAUAACUUACAAGAUGUUUUGUUCCUUCCAAAUAAACUCUUUAAGUGAUUAUGUGAUUCAGAGAAAUAUGUGUCCCAAAUGUGAACUGCAAUACCAUCUAACUUUCAAUCCGGCUUAGAUUCAAAGAGGUUUAGACGAUAUUGUCAGAAAUGGCUGAAUUUUUUAAACGGUGUUUAUUUUUAACGGUUAUAUUUUGGUGGCAAGUAACUCAUUUGGCAUCAAUUUGUAUAGACAGUUGUGCUUGUAUAUCCAACACAACGUUGUGUCAACAAUGUUCGUACAACAUAACAUUGACGGAUCACUCAGACAUGCACCACCAGCUAACAGUGUGCUGUAACAAAGAGGUGGACUUACCUCCAGAGUACACAAAUAAAACCGUAGCCCUUGUUACCGCCCAUUUCGGCACAACGUGCAAUGCGAGUAUUGUUUACAUCGACUUGCCUUUAUUAGACACGAACUCUCUACAAAUAAGAAAUAACAGUUUUAUUCAAAUAAGGAUCAACAUCAAAAGACAGAACUUGAGAGAAAUUGAUUUAUCUUCCAAUAACUUGCAAUACGUUACCAAGGGAGUCUUUAAUAACUUCCUGAAUCUCAGGAAACUUAUUUUAAGUAAGAAUAAGAUUAUUAAUAUAUUUGAAGAAAGUUUCUUUGGGUUGUCGAAAUUAGAAAGUUUAGACUUAUCUGAGAACAAUUUGACUAUGUUAACAAAUGUGUUUACACCUUUGAAGAAUCUCCAACAUCUGAACUUAAGCAGAAAUAAUCUUGAGUUUAUCCAUGAAAAUUAUUUCAACAAUUGGUUGUUACAACACCUAGACGUGUCACACAACAACCUGAGGAAGUUAGCGCCGGGUGCGCUGCAGUUGUUACCGAAUCUAGCGCGGUUGUUACUCACUGAUAAUCCACAUCUGGGCAUCACACAAUUGGAUACGCAAUUAUUGGUCGGCACUGGACGGAGGCUGCAACAGAUAGAUGCGUCUCGGACGGGAUUACACCAAGUACCCGAAGCAUUCACACACUCCGUGCGCUUCCUAUCGUUAGUAGGUAAUAGAAUUUCUGCCGUUAGGUGUGGGGACUUUGACAGUUAUCCCUUACUACAGUCACUGGACUUUUCAGAUAACAAAGUUGUCUCUGUAGAAGAUGAUUCGUUGGGUAGACUGGAGAUGCUAUUAUUCUUAAAUAUUAACAAGAAUCUCCUGACGACUGUCCCGAGAUCAUUACCAGAUGAAUUGAAAUAUCUUUCUAUCAAUAAUAAUCAAAUUAAGAAUCUGACAAUCCCUGAUUUGAAAAACUUACCAAACUUAAGGAUAUUAUUGUUACAAAAUAACGAUAUUCAUUAUAUUCAAGAUCACGUAUUUGACGACUUGUUGUCGUUAGAAAUGUUGGAUCUGUCAAAUAAUCCGAUACAAACAUUGUCGUGGAGUACGUUUGACGGACCGCUGUCUCUGCGAGAUUUAAGACUGUGUUACUUAAACUUAUCGGUGCCAGAACGAGAUGGCUCGUUUCCAAUGUCGUCGCCAGAAAGCGUUCAGAUGUUACAUCUCCAGUCCAGCCCCGGACUGGCCAGACAGCUACUGGCUGACUCGGCGGCACUCGCCGCAUUUUCUCAUUUACAAUAUCUAGACUUGAGAAUGAAUAAUUUGUCAGAAAUCAGAAAUGAUUUGUUAUUUUACUUGGCACAACUGAAAACUUUAAGAUUACACGGCAACAAUAUAAAUUGUAGCGCUGAGUUAUGGCUUAAAGAUUGGAUGAACUGGAACAAGAGUUUGUCCAGUAGCGAAACUUGUUAUUACUCUACUUCUGAAGCCAAACUGGAGAUAACUAAAUAUAACUGUACAUUCCCGGAAACGUUCACUAUAAGUGACAGCCUCCCGCCCGUCAACUUGUAUAGUACGGAAAUGAUAAACAAGUUAUUAAGGUACUACGGAUACUUGAAUAAUAAAACUGAAAAACCAUAUAAACAUACAAAUACGAAGAACAAAUAUGAUUACACUAAUAUGAAAUCUUCACAAUCAAAGAAUACGACGAUGAACAAUCUAGAUAAAAGAGACAAUUUGUCUGAAUUAGUCAAGGAAAAUUUUAAAGGGAGUGAAAGAAGUGAAAAUAAAAUCCCUAUGAAUGAUUAUAUGAAUGAAUCAACAAUUGUGAAGGCACGAGAGUCAUCAAAAAUAUUAGAUCAAAAUAAGCUUCAGAAUGACCAGCUAAAUAUUGAUCACAGAUUUUUAGACAUAGAACCGUUUUCCUCUGUAUCGACUCGUAAUUAUAAAAAAGAUAUGAAAGACGAUGACAGCCAUGUUUAUAUUAAGAAUAGAUCCGGGAAACGUUUGAACACUCCUCUCAACGUUACAAAGAAAACAGAAAAUAUUGUCAGUGAAUCUAAACCUAGCGCCGGUUUUAGUAAGAAUUUGGGCGGACCAGAAAACGUGACUGUACACGAAAUGGAGGCUUCUCACCCAAAGUAUAAGAUUGAAUAUUCACCGUAUCAGUCAGCUGAUAAGAGCUACGCUCAGUAUAUAGGUACAGUAGCAGUCUGUGGACUGAUAGUGAUGUCUUUGAUAUUAUGGGUGAGUUUUCGCCUCAGAUACAGAAGAAGAAACGUGUCCGUCGUGAAUGCAGAGGCCGAGGACCAAAUAGAGGUGUCGAAUAUCUCGGGAGGGGUGUUAUGGUGACACCUGCGGGCAGCCGACCCCACGCCCUUCGAAUACGAUUCUCUCCUUACGUAGAACUAAUGCAAUUUCGAAGCGGUCGGCUGCACGAGGUAUGGAUGGCGUUUUGUGAUAUAAUUGGACGUACAUAUUUUUUUAUGAAAUAAGUACAAAUAGAUUGGUUAACAUUGCAGCGGGGCUAUGAAUUGUUUGGACAAUGUAAAUAAACGGUUUUGUUGACUUAUGGUGAUCGUAGGUUAAUAGCCCUAUUUUUAUGUAAAGUCGUCGUAGAAUUGUGAUUUUAAUUUAGAUACCUAACCUAGCUGACUUCAUCUACUACGCCGUACUUAAGGGCUUUUUGUGGUUAGGCUACAACAUACUGUACAUAUGGUAUAACGCAAUACGCAAUGUUAAAUCACCAUAUCGGUAAUAAGAUACGUGGUGUUCUAUGAAUGGUUAUAACUUUGAGGCCGAAAAUGUAUUGCGCAAAAUAUCGUGAAAGCAGAUCAUGUCUUCCCUGUAAACCUUGUAAUUAUAACGUUGUAAACAAUUUAUUGCGAGCGAGCUCCACUAAAGUGCCAAAGUAUAUUAUUUCAUACUAAAACUUAGACUUGUAUCUUGACAAUCAUUACGAUUAGCACACAAGUAUACUGUAAUGUUUUCUGUUGUUUUGCUCUUACUGUGAUUACGUAUGUAAUGUUCGGUGCCAUUUUUAAUAAGAACACAGAUAAUAUCCGACCCAGGAACAAAUAAGAUCUGUGGCUCGUACAAAUAUUUGUUCUUAUGCGAGAAUUGAACCUGAAAUGAAUAUAAAGGUCAAAAAGCCUGCAAUAGUCUUUAUGAAAAAUAAUGAGUAUUUGUUAGUAAUCAGUACCUGUAUUGUAUUUCUUUUACCUCAUAUUAAACCUUCUGUAAACAAAGCAACACAUAUGUAUUGAUGUGUGUGUGUUCUUAAAAAUAUUUUGAUUUGAAAGUUAUAGAAUAAAAGCUUUAUUUAUUUAUAGUUAGUUUUGAAAGCAGGCCAGUUAACAAACAUCUUACUGUUUUAUUUAUUUAAAAAGCGACACCACCACCACCUUAUGCACAAACGUACAUAAUGGGACCUUAAUACUGUAAAUGACAAUUACAAGAACAAACCAAAUGAAACAAACCAAUCUUGCUGACUAAAGAAAAGCAAUAACUUUCAAGUUGCUUCGUUGGUAGAGAACCAUUUUUUUUUUAAUACAAAAUGAAUUCAAAAUUCCUAUUUUUUAAAGUAUAUUUUCGCGAAAAUUCACUAACAUUCAUUUUGAUGCUGAACCUUUUCGCCUAAGAACAAAAUGUUUGUGUAAAGCUUUUAUGUACAAAACAUUGUGCAUUAUUUGUUUACUUGGACGAUACAAAUAUAAUUCACAAUAUAUACAUGAAUUCACAAGUUAAUGAUCAUUACUUAUUUUAAUUUAAGUGGUACUUUUUACUUAUAAGAUAAAUUAUGUUGAAAAGCCGAUAAGUUAUUGAACAAGUCUCGAAAUGUAUUUUAAACUGUAUGUAAAGAAUGGCAAACUAAAAUAAUCAAGGAUUGAUUUGUUACUUUGUAGUUGACACUGUUUCAUUUACCACUUAUUAUUAUGUCAUUCAUCAUUCUGAAACCUAAGGUUGUAACUUGAUAUAUAAACAUUUUGAUGAAAAUGAUGUGUAGAUAUAUGUUUUUACGUGAAUCGUAGAUUAUGAUGUACAAACAGAUAGCCAAAGAUUUAAUAAAUAAUAGAUUGAGUACGAUAUUUUUAUUUAUUUAUAAGACACACUGAAGACCCUGAGUUCGUUGACAUUUUAUUUAUGAAAGACCUUUAGAAAAACGGCCAACAUUUGAAUAACAAAAUCGUGAUUACAAUGUUCGAUUUGCUUACACACCUGAAGAGUCAAAUAUGAAUAAAAGUCUCUCGAAUAUAUAUUUGUUCGAAAUAAGAAUAAGUCGACUAAA